CUUCUUUGGCGCGAUGGAGCCACGAGAGAACCUCAGCUAUGAGAUCAACUCCAAAGUCGUGACCGCCACCGUCAGCAACAGAAACACGACGCACCUCAAAGAGCCCGUCACGCUGACUCUGCGUCACCUCAAGCCGAAUGAAUCCAGCGCCUGCGUGUUUUGGGAUUCCUCGGUGGACGGAGGCUCGUGGUCUGCUCGGAGCUGCAAAGUGUUGGAGUCCAACUCUGAAUACACAGUUUGUUCCUGCAGCCGUCUGGGCAGCUUCGCUGUGCUCACGACGCUCUACGACGUCGAGCAGGUGGAGUUUGAGCUGCAGCUGAUGGUCCGGGUGGGUCUGUCGCUCUCGCUCGUCUGCCUCUUCGUCUGCAUCCCGACCUUCUCUCUGAUCCGCUCCAUCAGAAGCCCGAGAACCACCAUCCACCUGCACCUCUGCAUCAGCCUCUUCAUCGCCAGCGUCGUCUUCCUCGCGGGCAUCUCUCGCACGGAGAGCUGGGUAAAUAUCUCUGUCACCGUCCGCCAAAGUGCA